AUGCCAAAAUAUUAUUGUGACUAUUGUGAUAAAUAUUUAACACAUGAUAGUCCUUCAGUUAGAAAAUCACAUACAGUUGGUAAACAGCAUAAACUAGCAGUUCAGUUAUUUUAUCAACAAUUUGAAGCAGAAUUCACACAAAGUUUAAUUGAAGCUAGAUUAAAAGAAUAUGAAGAAUCAAAAGGAAGAUUAAUUCAUCAACCACCAAUGGGUAUUAUACCUACUCCUUAUGGUCAAAUGUAUCAACAACAACAACAACAACAACAACAACAAGGAAUACUACCAUUUCAAGGUAUGCAACCACCACCACAUCAACAACAAGGUAUGGUCCUUUCACCGGGAAUGCCAAUUCAUAAGAUGCAACCACAUCAAUUUAAUAAUAAUAAUAAUCCACACCAACAACAUAGUUUCCAACCUCCACAUCACCAACAUCAUCCACACCAACAACACCAACAGCAUCAACAACAUCAACAUCAACAUCAACACCAACAACAGCAUAAUCAACCUACUAUCCCUGGUUUAUAA